AUGAUCUUGGUCUCGAUCGUCGCCAGACUGUCUGUUAACAGUCGUGUUGCGAGUGCUUCGGCCGUGCUUCGAUGCCAGCAGUGCUAUCGAUCUUUGAGUUCGGGCACGGAUCAGCAGCAGCAAUUUGAAGUGGAGGUGACGAUUACCCUGGACAAAAUUCAUUCGCGUGGAUUACCUCAUCCUCUGGGUGAUCCCGGUCCGCAGGUUGUGCUGAAUGCACCGCAAAUGAACCCGAAGACAAUGAUAUUUAAACGUGUGGACGAUGUUCUAGGCCUGGUUCUACGGGUGGAUGAAUGUCAAGACUCGGGACAAUCGUUCGCUAGGAUUGGGGCCAGAUGCAAUUGCGGACGGAUUCUUAUUGCCGAAUUGCCGGACUGCUUUUCCGCCUAG